GAGGGUGUUGUCGCAAACUCAACUGGAGAUUACAUGAUUUACGGCGUUCAUCCUAUGACAACAUGCAGCAACCAGAUAUGUGGAGAAGCAGGAGUUUGCGUAAUGAAGGAAGAUGGUAUUAACUAUAAAUGUAAAGYUAAUUGCAGCGUGGCAUUGGGAAUGGAAGAUGGUCGCAUCAAAGAUUCUCAACUCAGCGCAUCGUCCUCUUUGCGCUACGAACUUGGACCACAAAGGGCUCGCUUGUACUCAAAUGUCCCUGAUGGAAGUUGGAUAGCAGGACACAACGUUGCUGGACAAGAAUACCUUCAGAUCGAUCUCCUUUCUUCUCAUGUCAUCACUCACGUCGCCACACAAGGAAGAGAGUAUCGGUACCAUCAAUGGGUAACUAAAUAUUACCUCAAGUAUGAAUACAGAGGUGAAAUCUGGAAAUCCUACAGAUAUGGUAGAAUUGUUAAGGAGUUUAAAGGCAACGUCGACAAGAAAUCAGUUGUUACUAACAAGCUUCCAUCACCAAUCAAAACGAGCGCUAUUCGGUUUGUGGCUCUGGAAUGGCAUCUUUACAUUGCACUUCGAGUGGAGCUGUAUGGUUGUACUGCUAAUUAAAAGUUUCAUCAUAUAUUAGAAAUAAUUUUGAUAGCAAAGUUUUGAUUCAUAAUUAAUCUCUUUGAUAUUUAUUUUUCAUUAUUCAAAAGUUCAACAGCUCAAAUUGCUUUUUUAAUUUUUAUAUUAUUUUGCACCAUAAUUCUAGCUAUGAUUCACACUUUAAGCAUUGUCGAGCUUUUACCUCACCAAAUAUCAUCACAACUAACAAAAAACGUUACACUUUGUAAACUGGAGAAUCGAAUAAAAUCUUGUCCAUGAUGAA